AUGAAAAUCUUAGCAAUUGGCGAUAUAUUUGGCAAAACUGGUCGGGAAGUUAUUAAAAAUUAUCUUUCGCAGUUAAAAAAGGAAGAAGAAAUUGACUUAAUCGUUGCUAAUGUAGAAAAUACUACUCACGGCAAAGGUAUUUCGUUUAACCACUAUAAAGAAUUGAAAAAGUAUGGUAUUGAUAUUAUGACUUCUGGAAAUCACGUAUUUUACUUAGAAGAAACUCAAAAAGAUAUGGAUAAGUUUGUGGACUUACUAAGGCCGCUUAAUUCUAACCCUUCCCACCCCGGCAAAGGAACCAUUUGUAUCGAGUUUAAAAAUAAAAAAAUCCGAAUUACCAACCUAAUAGGAACUACUUUUAUGCCAAUGGCGGCUGAAAAUCCCUACUUCGUUUUGGAAAAAAUAAUAAAUUUGCGGGAUUAUGAUUUACACUUAAUCGAUUUCCAUGCCGAAGCCACGGCUGAAAAAAUUGCUUUGGCAUGA